AGCGGGGGCCGCGGGGGCGCGCUGCGCGCCGCCGCUCAUUGUGCUGGGCCGGUGCCGCGUCCGCUGCCGGGGCCGGCGGGGCCGCGCUCCCGCAUCCCCGCACACGGCUGCCUUGCGCCCAGCCCUGCCGCUCCUGUCCCGGCCGUCCCGGCCCCAGGGUGGCUCCACAGCGUUCCGGAGGGCUGCGCUGCACGGGCGGUGGGGACUGAACACGCAUCCCCGAGCGGGACUGCCUUGCGCCCAGCCCCGCUGCACCCAUCCCGGGGAGCUGCCCUGCGCCGGGAGGGUGGGCAGCACCCAUCCCGGUGGAAGUGGGCUGCCUCGCGUUCAUCGGCGGGGUCCGCACCUCGCCCAGCGCCGCUGCCGGUGCCCAGCGUGCGGCGGCCCGGGGCUGCCGCUCCUUGCCUCCGCCGCUGCCCGGCUCCUGGCUCCCGCCUCGUUUUAUGGUCCUGGAGAGGGAGGACAAAUCCCAAACCAGUGAAAAUCCAGAUUCUGACAGAAAAUGGAGUGUCAGGCUGUUCUCAUGCUUCUGAAGAUGGUGUGUGUCCUGGAGGUGCUGCUGCGUAAAUGAGUAUGGAAGAUUAUGAUUUCCUCUUCAAAAUUGUUUUAAUCGGCAACGCCGGGGUGGGGAAGACCUGCUUAGUCCGUCGCUUCACUCAGGGGCUUUUCCCACCAGGGCAAGGAGCCACGAUUGGGGUUGACUUUAUGAUUAAAACUGUGGAGAUAAACGGUGAAAAAGUCAAGCUGCAGAUCUGGGACACGGCGGGCCAGGAGCGGUUCCGAUCCAUCACGCAGAGCUACUACCGCAGCGCCAACGCGCUGAUCCUCACCUACGACAUCACCUGCGAGGAGUCCUUCCGCUGCCUGCCCGAGUGGCUGCGCGAGAUCGAGCAGUACGCCAGCAACAAGGUCAUCACCGUGCUCGUGGGUAAUAAGAUUGAUUUAGCUGAUAAGAGGGAAGUCUCCCAGCAAAGAGCUGCAGAGUUUUCUGAAGCACAGGACAUGUACUAUCUGGAAACAUCGGCAAAAGAAUCGGAUAAUGUGGAAAAACUCUUCCUGGACUUGGCCUGCCGGCUGAUCAGCGAGGCACGACAGAACACCCUUGUGAACAAUGUCUCAUCCCCCUUACCAGGAGAGGGGAAAAGUAUCAGCUACUUGACUUGCUGUAAUUUUAAUUAAAGAGAUGGCAUGUGAUUGCCCCUUCUGCCAUGGGCCAAGUGGAUUUUUUUUUUCUAUGCUGGGAUUUAUCUACUUGAAGGAGUUCCUGCCAAUCAGAUCCAUCUGGCUUACUCAGAGUCAGGUUACAGUCCUGGAAGCAUGGCAGGCUGAUGGUUCCAGCUGCAUGGCAAUGUAGCAGAAUACAACAGGGUUUAAAUUUAAUUUUUCUUGCAGUCUCUGGAGCAGGUCAGAAAAGGAAGAGUUGCACAAGUGCUUCAUGUAAUGCAGAACAUGAGCUGUUUUGUUUCCUUCUGUGGGAGAGUAGACCAGCCUUCCUUGAAAAUACUGAAGAGAUCAAAAUGUCUCUUACAGAACAAUGUGUUUGAUCCUUUUUAAGGUAAAACAAAGUAAGAAGAAACGCAACAAUGAACACUGACUUUGGACUGCCCUGGCAAUCUUCUGGGCUGUCAGCGAGCGAGCUCGUAGGAUGUGUACAUAACGUCUGCCCUGCGUCUUCAUGGAGGACUUUGGUGUUUGAAAUAGUGUUAUGUCUCUCAUCUACAGGCACUUUCAUGAACGUGGAAUAAACAAAAAAGUUACAUAUAGCAGUAUUUUCAAGAUUGAAGAAGACAUGGAUACGGCUCAGUCGCUCCCUUUGGUGCUAGCAGUUCAGCAAAUAUUCCAUAGGCCAAAUGUAGUCUUACCACAUUACUGUCUUCUGAAUGUGUAACCUAGACUGGUUAGGAAAAAAACACUAAUAAGCACUGUUCAUAAAAAUAAAAAAAUCUCAUUACCUCUUUUUCUAGGCCUGAACAUAGUUGGAAAGGACUGUGUGCUUCUUUGAUAUCCAACAAAGGAUGAAAAGACUUUCCAGAAAUAAAAAUAAAUAAAUUAACCAUUCCUCCUCUAA